UAUUGGGCAAUGCUCAGAUUGGUCAGCGUGUUUCUCUCUCUCUUAUACGACUAAUGGCGCCGUCUCGGCUGUCUACGUCUGUCUGAUCAACUCUUCUGCUUUUCCUGAAAACACGAGAAAUGGCUUGCUCCGCUGUGCGGUCGCCUGUCCUUCGUAGCCCUACGGUAAGACACUAUGCAGUUGCAGCGGCAACUCAAUGCUCUACUGCGGCAGUCCCUGAACUUCAAGUACUAUCAAGCAAUAAAGUGACUAUUGCUGCGAUCGAUAACAAUAAUCCUAUUGCCCAAGUGUCAAUUAUCUUCAGAGCUAGUUCACGCAAUGAGACUUACAAUACACAAGGUAUAGCACAUCACCUUCGUAUAUUUGCUGGUUUGAGCACCUGCAGAUCGAGCGCUUUUGGUAUAACCAGAAAUCUCCAACAAUUUGGUGGAAAUUUAACUGCCACUACGGAUCGCGAAAGCAUUGCUUACACCUUGCAAAUUACAAGGGAUAAAUUAAACGACACUUUGACUUUUCUGGAGGACGUUGCUACCCAACAAGUGUUCAAACCAUGGGAGAUAUCCGAUCAACUGCCUAGGUUACGCUACGAGUUGUCCGCUGUGCCUGAAACAACUCGAAUAAUGGAAUUACUGCACAAAGCGGCGUAUCGCAGCGGACUCGGUUAUUCUCUAUACUCACCAAAGAGGCAACUCGGGAAGAUCAAUACAGAGACUCUGCAACACUUCGUUAACACCUGGUUCACUGGCUCCAACUGCGCGGUCGUGGCUACUGGCGUUCCGCUGCAGAGUGUGUCGCAGUUUGCCACGAAUCUGAAAGUAGCUUCCGAGGAUAAAGUCCCGGAAGCGACAAAGUAUUACGGAGGAGAACUUCGCAAGGAACGAACGUCCGAGUUGACUACUGUGGCAGUAGCCGUAGAAGCCUCUGGUUUUAACAAAGAGAAAGAUGCUCUCGCUUACGCUAUAUUACAGAGAACGGUCGGUGAUGGGCCUCAUGUGAAAUGGGGCAUUAGUGUGUCUCCAUUGCAGAGGCAGGUGUCCAGCGCAGCGAGCGUCGAUCAAUUCGCCAUCUCGGCAUUUAAUGCUAGUUACAGCGACUCCGGAUUGUUCGGCUUUGUCAUGUGCUCGAUGCCCAGUGUUGCUGGUUCCAUAACAAAAGCUGCCGUCUCGUGUCUGAGAUCGCUAAACAUCUCCGACGCGGAUAUUGCUCGCGGUAAGGCCACGUUGAAGGCGGAGAUUAUGUUCGCCGCAGACGAUAAUACCACGUUGCUGGAAAAUUUGGGACAACAGGCGCUUUUCAAGAAACGCGUGUAUAAGCCAUCCGAUCUUGUCGCACAAGUGGACAAAAUAAGCGCGUCUGACGUCAAAUCGAUUGCCGGAAAAUUCAACAACGGGAAAUUGUCUGUGGCUGCGAUUGGCGAUCUAAGUACCGUUCCAUACAUCGAUCAAUUACAUUAGAUGUGUAACAUUGAAAAUCCUAGGCGGUGAAUCGCCGAUUCCGAAUUCUCGCGUUCACAAUUUAGAGACGUGCACGUUCAUCAGUGUAAAAAGAGUCGAUUUGCAAUAUUAAUAUAAAAAUAACAAUUGUUGUAGAGCUUGUUAUAGUGUAGAGUACCUCCUGCCCCUGGAGGAACUCGUUCACCUAUGAUAUAUGAAGACAAAAUAUGGUGAAUAAAACAAAUAGGAUAUUGAAAUAUUUACAAGUUUGUUCUGUUCUACACAUUUCUCGACGGCACUCUCAUAAAUCAUGCAUACGGUUAUGCGAAACAGUAGAAGCAUGUGUCCUAUCAAAGUCGCACAUCUUGGAUGAUUUAUACGAGAUUAAAAACAAUUUUGCUUUGUAAUUUAAUAAAGUUUUAUUUCUUCUA